GUUAACCUUUUUUUUAUUUUAUUUUUCCCAGCAAGCCUUGUUGCACGCAAUUCUCUUCCUGCAUCAUCUACAAAGCCUAUUAGCUAUCCAUCUCGAGUUUACUGAUACGCCUUCAAGUCCCCAAGGCCAAGCAAGGCAGCCAUGCUGUCCGACGAGGACGAUCCGAUGGAGAAGAUCACCGAUCUGUUGGCCUGGGGCAACGAUGUUGAGAUUGUAGAGCUCGACAAAUCUGGCCACCCGCAGCAGCAAUGGCUUCAUGCCCACGACGGCCACAUCCUGCCUAUUCAACUCAAAAAGAAGUCCAACAGCCUGUUCUUUCGCUCUCUUCGAGAAUGGCGCAAGGCAAUGCUUGACUCGUUCCUCCCAGUCGGGUUCCCACACUCCGUCUCAAAGGAUUACCUCGCAUAUCAAAUGUUCGAUUCUCUCCAGGCCUUCUUCUCAACCAUCAGCUCGCUCCUUGCCAAUCGUGCCCUGCUUCAAGGCCUGGGAGUAGGCGAUGCUUCGUCUUCUGCUACCUUUGCCCUCCUUCUCACAAUUAUGAAGGAUGCCAUGUCUCGUAUUGCCACCAUCGUCUUCGCCCACCGCUUUGGACUUCGCAUCGAGCCGGAUGCCAAGCGCUACCGUUUUCUGGCAGAUGUCUUCAACGAUAGCGCCUUCUUCUUGGAGCUGUACAGUCCAUAUUUUGGCUCUUGGGGCAAAGUCGUCGCGCUCAGCACAGGUCAAGCGCUCAGGGCCUUAUGUGGUGUUUCUGCCAGUGCAAGCAAAGCCGCUCUAAGUGUUCACUUUGCAAAACAUGACAAUCUCGCAGAGCUCAACGCAAAGGAAGCCAGCCAGGAGACAGCCGUGGGAUUGAUAGGUCUGCUUGUGGGAACGCUGGUUGUCAAGAUGAUUGAAGAUCACUCCAGCGUCGUUAUCUUGAUGAUUCUCCUCGUCAUGGCCCAUCUCGUGACGAAUUAUCUCGGCGUAUGCAGUGUCUGUAUGGCAACACUGAAUCGCCAACGUGCUACAAUCCUGUUUGAAGAAUACCUUCGAAGCGGCACAAUACUGUCUCCCGAGCAAGUUGCCAAAAGAGAAAACGUCAUCUUUUGGAGUCCUAUCAUGCGCAAUCUUCAUGGAAAGAAAGUAGUUCAUGUCGAAUUUGCCGAGAGCUAUGGCCACGCGAUGAGCUGCUCCGAUCCGCACGACAAGCUCAUCAUCGUCGACGGCAUCAAUCAUACCCGGUUUAUCUGUUCUCGUGUCCCUGGUCGCCUCACUCCCAUCAAGCUCCUUCUGUGGGUGGGUGCCCAACCUAUCGAUGCUAUCCGAGCAUGGUUUGCCGCCAUGGAAGUGGCAUGGAUGAUGGGCGAUAAUGGCGCAUACACACAGAAACUGGACCAAAUAUUCUGCGACGCCGGGGUCGAAGGCAAUGGCAGGAAGUUUAGCAUCGCGGGCAGGGACAGGGACAGUGACUUUGUGCCGCGCUUCAACCGUCCCGACCUCUGGGCCAAGUUGGCAGAGCAAGGCUGGGAUUUUGAGACACAGGCUUUGGAGACAAAAGCCCCUGUGCGCUUGCAGAUUCGGCGUACGCGUGCAAAGAAUGCUUAAAUGGUUUCUGCUGCUAGGAAAAGUGCGAUGAUGGACAAGCUGAAGGGAAGACCUUUUCUUGCUAUUCGCCGGAUAUGGCUGGUACUGUAUUAUACAGAUUAAACGAAGAUAGGACCAUAACGAAGAAACGACAUGACGCAUUGACG